UCUUGCAUUUAGAAAACAAAUGGUUUUAAGUGACGGAAAAAAGUUAUCAAAAAAUUGAGCAAAUUUGGAUAAAUUUUCCAAUAUUAUCAUGUCGAAAGAUCAAAAUAAAGAUGCGGCAAUUAAAGCUGCAUUCGCAGAUAUUAAUAAAUUUGGUUUGAAUGGAGAGUAUGAAAAAGCUAUGAAAAGUGUUAAUAGGGUAUUGGGUUUGGCUCCUACUGAUGAAAAAGCACUACAUUGUAAAGUUGUGUGCUUAAUACAAGUACAGAAAUUUACAGAAGCCAUUCAGUUCAUAGAAAAAAAUAAAUUGAGACAUCUCGUUUUUGAGAAUGCAUAUUGCGAAUAUCGUCUUAACCAGCCAGAAAAAGCUAUAAAAAUUAUUGAACAAUGUGGAAUUGAACCUUUACCACAAAAUCUAAAAGAGCUAUUAUGCCAAAUUUUGUAUCGUUUGGAAAGAUAUGAAGAAUGCUUUAAUCUUUAUAAAGAUAUCAUAAAACAUAGCGAAGAUGAUUUUGAAGACGAAAGGAAAGCGAAUUUAAGUGCAGUUGUUGCAAAUUUAGCGAUUGAUCCGCAAAAAGAAUUACCUAACCUACCUGAAAACACUUACGAAAUGUGCUUUAAUAGUUCAUGCGCACUAUCAAACCGUGGGAAAUAUCAGGAAGCAGAAAAAAAACUUCGCCAAAGCGAAAAAUUAUGUAAAGAAACAUUGGAGGACGAUGGAGCAACCGAAGAAGAAAUUCAGGACGAGCUUUCUGUCAUAAAAGUUCAAUUGGCUUAUUGCUUGCAAAUGCAAGGCAAGACUAAGGAAGCCGCCUCCUUGUAUGCGGAAUGUUUAAAAAAGAAAUCUUCUGAUCCUGCACUAAUAGCUGUGGCCAGUAAUAACUCAGUUGUAAUCAACAAAGACCAAAAUGUUUUCGAUUCAAAGAAGAAAAUUAGAUUAGCCAUGGCAGAUGCUUGCGAAUCAAAACUUACUAAAAGGCAAAAAAGAUCCAUAGCAAUUAAUAACUGCUUAUUUAAUCUCUUUGCGAGUUCUAAUGAUCAGUGUCAGCAGUUAUGUAACAAGUUGGCGCAAACUUAUCCUGAUGCAGAGUUCGAGAUACUUUUAAUAAAAGUCAGUUUAUUAAUUAAAGAAAAGAAAUAUAAAGAAGCCCUAGAUAUUUUAGAAAAAUUUGUAAAAGCGGAUAACGAAAAUUCUUUUGCAAUUAAAUUUGCCAUUGUGCAAGUUCUUCUAAUGAAUGGCAAUAAAAAAGCAGCCAUCGAAAAACUUCAGUCACUCGAAAAUGAUAAAUAUAAACCAGGAAUAGUUUCUGCUUUAGUAACACUUUAUUUAGGUUUGGAUAACAAAAAAGCAGCUUCAGACAUAUUGAAAUCAGCUGUUGAAUGGUAUAAGAAACAUAAAGUUAGCGGAGGAAAUUUGUCUGAUAUGUGGCGUCAGGCGGCAGAAUUUCAUUUACGUGGUGGUGCAGCAGAAACCGCAGCAAGUUCUUUAGAAGAAUUAUUGAAGUCGAACCCAAAUGAUAUGAAGGUUUUAGCUCAACUAGUUAUAGCUUAUGCUCAGUUCGAUCCCAAAAAAGCUCAGCAGGUUAGUAAAAAAUUGCCUGCUCUGGAAGCAUUAACAACGGCUUCCGAAAUCGAUAUCUUGGAAGCUACUAAUUGGAUGAUGUCCACAAAAGCAGUCAAAAAAACGGCAACGAUUAAAACAGGGGACCAAUCACCAGGAACUCCUGGAACAGAUAUUCAAAAAAAGAGGCGCUUGAAAAGGAAACGCAAAGGUAAAUUACCUAAAAAUUACAAUCCCAACGUUCCUCCGGAUCCUGAAAGGUGGCUACCAAAAUAUGAAAGGACAGGUUAUAGGAAGAAACGUGAUAGAAGGAAUAAAGAUGUUAUUAAGGGAUCACAAGGAAUGGCUUCUGGCGCAGCAGAUCAAUAUGAUAUGUCUAAAGCCCAAAACCUAAGUAAAAGUUCUCCAGCAACUCCAGCUUAUCAAGAAUCAAAUCCAGGUCCAAGGCAGCAUCAUAGGAAAGGUGGUCAAAAAAAGAAAAAGGGGCGUCAUUGAAUGACAGAUGGUUAAGAUGCAAAAUCCUUCUCAAUUAAUAAUAAAGUUUUUUUUAUGUAA